AUCACGUUACAGGCCAGUGGCAUAAGGGUGCCAAUCAUGGAGGAAUACAGAGCUUCUAUCGCUAAUGUCGAUACAGCUUUGAACCGCUUGAACCAGACUUUGGCCUCAUACAAGAUCUUCGCCGCGGAGUCGCAAAAAACCAAGUCUCGCGAUUCCGUGCAACGAGACACAGCUGCUGAAAAGAAUUCACAAGAUCUCGGUGCCGCAAAGCUUCCAUCUCCAAAUGCGGCGUUGCCGCAAAGCCAGCGCACACCUUCACUGCCUCCCCUCCGUAAGGAAGUCGUAGACGGAAUCUUGGCUCUCAGAUCCAGCAAAAAUUAUCCAGAGAAGAAUGUAUCAAAAGCAAACCGUCUCGAGAGACUGGAAGAGGCUCUUGUUUAUGUUGCGCAAGAUCCCUACUCUCUUCCCCUGUAUCUCUUCAUUGCAAUUCAAUAUCUCGACCUUGGAUAUCCCGAUUUAGCGGCAGGAUCCGCGUACAAGGCUCUUCUCCUCGCGGAUGCAUUGGAUGAUGAUUCGGAGGAGUAUCAUGAAGAGGCGUCAGGUUCGCUAAAAUUUACCAUCCAAGGACAGGCGCUUGAGGAACGAAUCAAGAUCAUUCGUAAUGCUAUGGACGCUGGGCUACAGAAUGCUUCAGAUGCAGACUUAGACCCUGCUCUGGAUGUCGAGAUUGCGCUCUGGCUCAAGACUCACUACCGUCUCAUCAUGUACCGACUUCUGACACGCAGUCUUCUGCUCUGCAACUGCUUGCGAACUACUUAUGCAUACAUUCAGCAAGGCCUGACUUUGUAUUCAGAAGACCCACAACUUUUGGAGGUUAAACAUGAUCUAUACUCCGAGGUCGCCAAGCUCAGGAAAACUGCCACUGCCGAGCCCUUGCCUCGUCCCAACGAUCUACCUGAUGGCGGUCUCGUGCGAAGAGAAAUAUAUCCUUGGAACGAUCGUGAGCCUGACCGAAUUGCCGAGCUUGAACACAUCAACAUGCUCAUGAACGACGUUUCUGGCAAGCUUGAAGUGCGAGCAGUUGAUUUGCCCCCACUCACCGGAGAUACUGCGUCACCCGUCACGCAACUUGGAGUCUUCGCGAAGGCAGAUAUCGCACCGGGCGAGGUCAUUCUCGAUGAAAAAUCGCUUUUGACCGCGAAUAACAAGCUUCAGGAUGCAUUGUGCGAUGCAUGCAGUGCGGAUCUUCCUGAAGUAGGCAGCAAAGAGUGGGCCGAGGCAGUGGUCUGCGCUGAGUGCGAUGUCGUAUUCUGCAGCGACUGGUGCUUCGAAAAUGCUCGGGACUCUUACCACCCUGCGCUCUGUGGCAAGGACGUCGAUGCGAUUUCCAAAGACGUUGAGCCUGCGGAGGCAGCAGAUGCCCUAUAUUCGCUACUUCUGCUACGAGCAUUGGCUAUGGCUGAAACCCAGGAAUGGCACCCGCUUGAGAUACUGGACGUCAAGUACAUCUGGGGCGAUUUCACACCAACACCUGCUGCCCAUCUGCCAAGCUAUCGAGAUCUUAAAUCUCCCGACUCCUGCCUCUCGGCACGGAUGCUGCCUUUCAGUUUCGAGUACAACAUACGUCUACCGUUCCAUAUGCUGGAGAAGAUGGAUGUGGAUAUAUUCGCGAAUCCACAAUAUGAUGUCUGGGUCUUCAACACGCUUUAUGCAAAGUUUCGCGGCACCGCAUCGGCUCGUCUCUCUGGACUGGGAGGUCGAGCCAUACGAGGCCCAGAAGUCUCUGCUGUACAUCCUAUGUGGUGUCUCGCAAACCACAGCUGCGACCCAAAUGUGAGUUGGGAAUGGGGCGGCGCGAUGAAGUUUUGGGCCAAGACCGAGAGAGUGGCAUGGAGAGGCCGUGAUGGACGACAAGUGAAAGCUCAGGCCGGUAUCAAAAAGGAUGAAGAGGUGCUCAACCACUACUGCGACAUCGAUCUUCCUGUCAAGGAACGGAGGGAGUGGGCGCGUGGUGCUUUGGGAGGUGAUUGCCAGUGCCCAAGCUCUUCCCUGCUCCUCAUCCUCAACCUCUUCCACGGCUUCUCUUGCUUCCAUGACUUCCAUGAGCAAACUAUUAUCAUCCAACUUCGCUGUCUCGUCCUCCACAUCUAUGCCCUGUUGCGACAGGAGGCGGGAAUGUCGAAGGGUGGCGGUGCUCGCGUUCUGGUGCUUCGUAAGGCUGCCGUUCUACAGUUUGCGCAAACGAAAGGUGUGCCUGGAUGUCCAAUGCGCGUGGCUUCUCGCGCCGCGCCCGCGCCCGCGCCCGCGGCGCUUCUCAAACUCCUGUUGAUG